AACUCCUCGCGGCACUAUAUAAGUACCAAUCCUUCACCGGUAUGUUAUAUCCCAUAACUCAGCCGGAAAGUAGGUGUUGCUGCGAUUGAAUCGGAAAAUAUGGCGGACGAAGUGAAGUUGUAUGCUGUUGGAGGAAGUCCAUUUGUCUGCAGAGUCAAAAUUGCUUUGAAUCUCAAGGGAAUCGAGUAUGAAAACUUCGAAGAAGAUCUGAGUAACAAGAGUGCCGACCUUCUCAAGUACAAUCCGGUUCAUAAGAAGGUACCGGUGCUGGUCCACAACGGAAAGUCGAUCUCGGAAUCUCUUGUGAUCGUUGAAUACAUUGAUGAUGUCUGGAAAGGAGUUCCGCUUUUGCCACAGGAUCCUUAUGAGAAGGCUGUUGCUCGAUUUUGGGCGAAAUUCAUUGACGAAAAGUUUAUUCCUGCAAUAUUCAAGGCUCUUAGCAGCAAUGGAGACGAGCAGGCCAUUGCAGAA